UUUUCUGCCUGCAGGGAGUGUUUGGGGAAGAGUGAGAUAAAUGUUUCGAAUCAAACCAAUCCUCCCUCAGGACAGGACUCUCUGUAAAGUGGUUUGUGUAGGAGUUCUCUCCUAACCUGGUGAUGCCAAGUUUUCUAUGUGGAGCUGGGGACAAAGAGGCCUUGGGUGUGGUUCAGAAUACAAAAGCCAGUCUUCUUUUUUUUAGCAUAAGGUUCCUGGAGCAAAAUGAGAGACACCUGGUACUUCUGGGUCUCCAGCAUGCUGUGGGCCUGGUCUGUGGGAUCUGGACAACCCUGCAAUAUUGAUGAACAGGGCCGAGCUGCCUGCAGUGGAAAGAGCCUUCUCCGUGCUCCAAAAUCCCUUCCUAGACAUAUCACCAACUUGGACCUGUCUUUCAACUCCCUGAUAAUGCCAAGACAUGGAACCUUUCUGAGGAGCUUCCCAUCUCUGCGCUCCCUAAACCUCUCCAGCAAUACCAUUCCAACACUCUAUCCUGCCCUCUUUCGUAACCUCGGUGCUCUCCACCUCUUGGAUUUAAGCAGCUGUAGCAUUUCCCACCUGCACCCAAACAGUUUCCAGGGCUUGAAAAACCUUCACACACUGCUCUUGAAAAAUAAUAAACUUCAGUCUUUGGACCCCUCCAUGUUCCUUGUCUCUGGAGCUCUCAUCCAUCUGGAUCUGCAGAACAACGAGCUGUUCAAUUCAGAUGAACUUGCUCAGCUAGUUGUGCAAAGAAUCCACCAAGUCAAGCUUCAGGGGAACCCUGGGGUGUAUAGUGACUCCAUUACUCCUUUCCAGCAGGGGCUACAACAAAGAGAAGCUAAGAAGAUUGCCUAUGAUUCACACCUAGAGCUCCAGACAAAAGAGAUUAGAACUCUGGACUAUCAGGACCAGAGCCACAGCAGAAAACGACGGGUUCCUCAGGAUGGGGAUUCAGCUAAUCGCAUUUCUGAUGGAAAUAACACAUCUACUACCACAUUUUCCCCUGGAAAGGUUGGGAACAGCUGGCCAUACUUUGCUGGGUUUGUGCUUUUGGCUAUUGCUGUCUCUAUCGUGAUUGCAUUGGUUGUCAAAUGCAAAUUGUUCCAGAGGAACCGUGCCAGCUACCACCAUCAACGGCUGCCUGACUCCCAUUCUGUUGGAAGCAGCCAUGUUGAGGAAGCUGACAUGGAUAUGACCUAUGGGAGGAACCAAGCCAUCCCUAGAGCAGCUGGGUGUCCUGCAGAGGAUGAUGAUGGUUUCAUUGAGGACAACUACAUUGAACCCAAUCAAGGCUUGCAGGAAGUGGAGGAAGAGGAGGAGGAGGAGCAAGAGGAUGAAUUGGAACCCCAUUUCAAACUCUGAGAGGAUAUUAACCAAGCCCCAAUUUUUCAUACUUUCCAAUACGUUUUCACUCCAUUUCUAGGAGCUUUCAGACAUCUCAUACAGAUUACAGCUUCUCCUAGUCCUGGUUUCAGGCCAUUAUCUGAUCUCCCACUCUGGACCUGGAAUCAUCCUGCCAACCAUUGCCUUUUCUUCACCUUUUCUAUACUUUCUUAAUACCUUUCAUUUGUGUAACUUGAAGUAUAUUAACUCCCAUGUAAUUGUGCAUUGGAUUGGAGGCUUAGGCUGUUGACAGGCAGAACAAAUUUUAGUGGUGAACCCAGCCCAUUGCAGAAGUACUGUUUUUAAGUGUAAAAAACCUGAAUGGGUGCUUAUUUUUUUAAAGCCCCAGCCCUUCUUUGAUCAGAUAAACAUGGAAGGUGCUAGGGGGAAAGCUGCAUGUGAUGGGGGUUGGGGAGAAGGAUGAAGAGCAGCUUUCCUCCAAACUGGGGCCAUCUAGAUGUUAUUGAACAACAACUUCCAUUGCCCCCAAGCUAGUGAAGAGUAAGAAACAGUGAGCAUUCUGUUCAGAGGCUAUACAUGUAUUGUUUAAAUGAAGCAGAAAAAUCUUGCACCUAUCUGAAAGUAGCCUUGGACAUAGACUUUUGUGCGAUCUAUAUUUCUGUAUGGCCUCUUUCUCCAACCAGUGUAAAGUGUCUUAAGUUUGCAGUAGUUCCAACAUCUCUCAAGAGUGGAAUAGGGCUGUUGGAGUGGAGAUUGUGAGAAAAGCGGCUUGCUGUGAGAUUCUUGGAAGGUAUGUUGCCAACAUGUGGAAGAGAUGUGUACUGUAUAAACAAAUGUGUUAUUCUCAGGAUAUUAUAGGAGCAUGCUAGGAGGGCCACAUAUUGUUUGGGUCGAAGCUUCCAGUGUUUGUUCAUCCAUGUCUUGUUUGUGGCCAAAGUAUCUAAGUGCUGCCUGGAGUGUAUGAGAGGCCCAUGUGCAGAGGUGCAGGCAAGAUGCUCUAGCUGCAGCUCUAGACAACUUUGCUGGAAUGCUUUCAAAACAACAGAGGCAUUGACAGGUAGCGUUGCAGCGUCUCAUCUCCUGCCACUAACAGCAUCGUUCAUCGCCAGCCAUGCUGCUUGGACUGAAGUGGAGGCACGUUUUGCUGUCUGAUUUGCUCUGCAUCCUUGGCUGCACAAAAUAGAAGGAAACUCUGCACACUGGGUGCACAAUCUCUUUUCUCUGUGUAUCAAAUGAUAUUUAUGCCUCCAACUAAACUCACCACUCUUGUGUUUUGCAGAAUUUAAUUUAGCAUGUGGUAAAGACCCACUGUGGCGCAGAGUGGUAAGCGGUGGUAACGCAGCCAAAGCUCUGCUCAUGGCCGGAGUUCGAUUCCAACGGAAGGAGGAACUCGAAUCUCCGGUAAAAGGGGUCGAGGUCCACUCAGCCUUCCAUCCAUCCGUGGUCGGUAAAAUGAGUACCCGGCAUAUGCUGGGGGGUAAAGAAAGGCAGGGGGAGAAACUGGCAAACCCACCCCAUAUAUAUGGUCUGCCUAGUAAACGUCGCAAGACGUCACCCUAAGAGUCGGAAACGACUCGCACUACAAGUGCGGGGACACCUUUACCUUUUUAUUUCACUGUGGCACGGAAUCAUCUCGUACGGUUACUUUGUGCAGAGAACUGUAGCAGCAGCUCUUCUCACUAGUUUCUCAUUCUUUCUACUGCUUGUAGUUUUGACUGGCAGUUGACCGCUUUCACGUUUUGAUCAAGUGUUCAGCUUUAGAACUUCUGGUGCAAAAUGCCCAGAUACCAGUGCAUCAUAGGGCCUUCAGAUUGCUUGCAUGUGCAUGCAAACAUGCACAUAUCUUUCCUGAAGUUGUGCUUCUGUUGAUACAGCUUUUUGCCAGUACUGAAACCACAAUUAUUUUAUUGCUGGGAAAUCUUCCCUUCUUCGUUUCCUCUGCAGCCCCUUCUGGCUGUGAUGGGGAUUUGCAGCAGGGUCAUGCAAAGGAAAUAAUGGUACACAUUGCAGAAGUACGUAUAUAGGCUUAUAAAUGCCAAAUCCUACCUAAGUGCAAAACAAACAAUGUUGCCUCAUUUGCUGUUUUCACUUUCUUCCUGGUGUGGCAAUUUUAACCCAGAGCUGUUUUAGGUCAACUGGAUGAGACUUUGGGAUCAAAGAAGGCAAUACAUAUUUCCCAGUAUGUGCAAAACACUUUUAAAGUCAUAUGAGGUACUUCAUAUGAGGUACUCAUAUGAGGCUGAGAUACAGAGGAGACUUGAACAGGAAUGAUCUCCACCUUCAUCUCUGUAGAAGUGUGGCUAUAAUUCUGCUAUAUCAUAAAUAAAUGCACUCCAGUGUUUGUAAACAA